GUGCCUGCCUAUGUGUGCAUGUGCACACAACUAUCAGGGCAUGAUGGGCCCGAUUCCCCUGAAAUUAUAGUUAUGAGCUGCCUCUGGAGCCCAGCAAAAGAGGUCCUGGAUUUGAGCCUGCAACUCUUACUAAGUGGUGGGGGUCACUAUUAGAAGGCUAAGGAACUAGGAUUCCCUUUCAGGUCUCCCAGGCAACAAGCCACUUGACCAAUCAGGGCCUAGGCCUAGGGCAUAAUUGGAGGCAUGCCUAGUAACCAGGGUGAUUGGGAUCAUUGAGCGGACAAAACAGGAAGAGCAACAGUCAAGAAUGUCCACCCACUCUACUAAACCUGUGGCAAACCCUCGGGUAUCCCUGUCCCUGGAUGAGGUCAUAAAGAUAGAAGAGAGUUACAAGAGGAUAGUAGCAUUUGAGAAGGCCGUUGAGAGUUGGAAAAACACAGUAGUGCGGUGCGUAUGGCAGGCAACAAUGAACCAGAGGAGGAACCCAUAUGCCAUCCUCAGGAUGCAAGACAUCAUGGAUCAGGAGAUGGCACUGGCCAACAAGCAGCUGCUGACUGUUCGGCAGGCUGCAUUAAGUCAGCUGUUUGAAAAGGAGCAUCAACAGUACCAGCAGGAGCUAAAUCAGAUGGGCAAAUCCUUCUAUGUGGAAAGACUCUGAAGGCAUCAGAGGCACUGUCCCUUUUUCUCUAACAGUUCAUACUUCCAGGGCUCCCCAAGACUUAUAAAUUUCUCCCUAGGAUAAGUCUGGAUCAGGCUACUUGCCUAGAGCCAGGUUGUUCAUUUCUCAUCUGUAACUUUAUUUUUUGGUAAUGAUGAUGUAUUAAAAAGGCUGAUGGGAGAAGAGUGACCUCUUGUGAUCAAUUCAGGGACUGUAAUUCUGUUGAAUGUUUAUUAACUGGGUGGGAAAGAGGAGAGUUUGAUGCAAACUAUGAUUCCUGUUGUUAAUGGUUUAAAUAUGGCUCAGCCACCUACCAGCUGGCUCACUACUUUAAGCUCAGCCCUUAGGGCCCACCCUUCGGAUCUGUGUCAAAACUUGUUUUGACUCUCAGUGAUUUGUCUUUUCCCCCUCUCCAAACUCCUGUCACAUUUCUCUUCCACAAGCCUUUUUCUGUUUAAACACAUUCCUUUAGUGGCUGAUACUCAUUUUCAAGUCUUUUCUCACUGAUUCACCUAUGUUUACUAUAUUUCCUUAUGUAUCAAUGCCCCAGUGAAGGCUUUACUUCAAUAUGGGCCUCUGGCAUGGGAAC